UCAAAUCCAAAACUUCAAAUGGGUAAGUUCGGAAUAAUUGUCGCGCUUGCCAUGAUAGGAAUGGCAAUAGGGCAAGACCAGUGCGGUGUGUGUAUGGAGAAUAAAGCUUUAUGUGAAACGGAGAGCAAAUAUUUUUUAUGCUACGGUGAUAGGAAAUUAGGACCAUUUUAUUGUGAAGCCGACGAGUUUUGCACCAAUUCCACAGAUGUUUGCGUAAAAAAGACCGAAAUCACAAGCAAAAUUAAAAAUGUCUGCGUGCAUUAUACUGGAAAUUGUCAGGAUUGUGCAGCCGGAAAAGCAUUCACCUGUGCGAGCAGAACUCAAGGCGCUCGUUGCGUCAAGGGUAAGAUGUCCACGUCCAUUAUCUUUGAUUGUGAAAAAGAUGAGACUUGUAUCUCUGAAUUAUUGGAAGAUUUUAACACUGUUUGUGUGCCGAACUGUGUCGUUGACUUUCAGAAAUUGAAUGCCUCCUGUACUAAUGAUGUCUAUACUCCACCAACUUUGGCGCCACCAACAACACCGAGUCCAACUGAACAGCAAAGCAUUUGUGCCCAGGCAGCUGUCGGAAAGGUCACCAGAUUCUUCUUUGCUUACGCCGACGGGUCUUGCAGGAGCUAUGUCUACUGCGAGAGGAACAGUAUGAGCGACACCUAUUUCAAAACGACCUUCAGCGGCAGCUGCUCUUCGCCUAAUCCCUAUUUUAAUACGGUCACAAGUAAAUGUCAGGCCAAAGUUCCGGAAAAUUGUUCAAAUUCUGAUGACCGAUCAAUUCCUGAGGAGCCUUUAAGUCCUGAGGAGCCUUCAAACCCUGAGGAACCCUCGAAUAUUUAGCACACCGAAUUAGGUAAAACCCAGGUAGAUCAAGUUUGUUUGAAAAUAUUGUCACCCAAUGCAAAAAAAAAAUUAAACGCUUUAAAGUAUGUAACGGUUAUCCUAUAGUCGGCGAUUCAACUAUAGUCUUUCCCGCUUGGUUUUGAAUAAGAUUUAUAUAUUUAUCCCUGUCAUGCUCUGGUGUGGAAUAGAAUAUAAUCUAUGUUAUCUUUAAUUUGAAGCAUGUUCUUUGUGUAAAAAUAAUUAUUUUAAUUUGAUCUCUGUUUACACGUUUCUCCAAACACAGAUUUUAAAAUGAAUAAUUAAAUCAUCUGGAAUGGCCUUCUAUUUUAUA